CCCCAGCUGGAACACCCCCCAAGAUGGCAGAGGAGAGCAGCAGUACCAGGGACUGCGUGUCCUUCAGCGUGCUCAACUGGGAUCAGGUGAGCCGGCUGCAUGAGGUCCUGACCGAGGUCGUCCCCAUCCACGGACGAGGCAACUUUCCAACCUUGGAGAUAACUCUGAAGGACAUCGUCCAGACCGUCCGUGACCGGCUGGAGGAGGCAGGCAUCAAAGUGCAAGACGUGCGGCUGAAUGGCUCUGCAGCUGGCCACGUUUUGGUCAAAGACAAUGGCUUGGGUUGCAAAGACCUGGACCUAAUCUUUCACGUGGCUCUUCCAACAGAGGCAGAGUUUCAACUGGUCAGAGACGUGGUUCUGUGUUCCCUUCUGAACUUCCUGCCAGAGGGCGUGAACAAGCUCAAAAUCAGUCCAGUCACUCUGAAGGAGGCAUAUGUGCAGAAGCUGGUGAAGGUUUGCAUGGACACUGAUCGCUGGAGCCUGAUUUCACUCUCCAACAAGAAUGGGAGGAAUGUGGAGCUGAAAUUCGUUGACUCCAUCCGGCGUCAGUUUGAGUUUAGCGUGGACUCUUUCCAAAUCAUCCUGGAUUCUUUGCUUUUUUUCUAUGACUGCUCCAGUAACCCCAUCUCUGAGCACUGCCACCCCACAGUGAUCGGGGAGAGUGUGUACGGGGACUUUGAGGAAGCCUUUGACCAUCUGCAGAACAGACUGAUCGCUACCAAGAACCCCGAAGAAAUCAGAGGCGGGGGACUUCUCAAGUACAGCAACCUUCUCGUGCGGGACUUCAGGCCCACGGACCAGGAAGAAAUCAAAACUCUAGAACGUUACAUGUGCUCCAGGUUUUUCAUCGACUUCCCGGACAUCCUGGAACAGCAAAGGAAGUUGGAGACCUACCUUCAAAACCACUUUGCCGAAGAAGAGAGAAGCAAGUAUGACUACCUCAUGAUCCUUCGCAGGGUAGUGAACGAGAGCACCGUGUGCCUCAUGGGACAUGAACGCAGGCAGACCCUGAACCUCAUCUCCCUCCUGGCUUUGCGCGUGCUGGCAGAACAAAACAUCAUCCCCAAUGCCACCAACGUCACCUGUUACUACCAGCCAGCUCCUUAUGUCAGUGAUGGCAACUUCAACAACUACUACGUUGCCCAUCCUCCAGUUACCUACAGCCAGCCCUACCCUACCUGGCUGCCUUGCAACUAGCCUUGAGACCUGAGGGUUUCUGCAUUGGGAACCCCAACAGGGCAAGGGCUCUCAUGUAGGGGAGCCUUCUUCUAGAUGUAGGUGUUUGGCUUUUAAAGGGGAACUCAGCUCUGAUUCUGCCUUUUUUUUUUUUUUUCCUUUGUGCACCCAUUGGAAUGGGUCUAAAGUAUAUUGUGAGCCAACCCUGUAAGGACAUAUAUUAUAGUGCCACUUUGGAAAAGGCUAUAGGACUUGCAACCUAUCCACAUCUUUCCAAGAUAGACACUGACAUAUCACAUCUCAAACAUUAGCACAUGGGGAUUUGAGCUCUAUUCAGUAACUGAGAAUGAGAGAGCUGGGGCAGCAUAUGAGAAGUGUUAAGCUACUUUUCUUUUCACUUGAGCCAGGGUAGGCUGUGUUGGCCCUCACUUGGAAUUCUCAGCAGUUGCAUGAAAGUUGUGCUGAUGGUGUCUUUUCUUGUAUCAGUUUUAGUCAGGCAGAAAAUGGUAAACAUGAGGGUGCUCUUGUGACUUCACUUAUGCUCAAGAGACUAAAUUGCCUAGGUUUACUCCCUGUCAGCAGAGCUGAGAAUUUCUUCCAUCAAUAAACCAAAGCCAAUAGUGGAGAUUAAGAUCUGGUUGGAAGUGAUUUAUGGUUUAGAUGCUGUGCUAUCUUGAGGAAUUGUGAGAUAUUGCUGAGAAAAAAAUGACCUUUUCUUGAAAUGUAACUUGAAAACAAAUUAAAAUGUGGAAUAUAA